CAUCUAUUUUUCUUAUUUAUAUUAUAUUUGACUGAAAACUGAUAAUUGAGUUUCGAAUCCUCUCUCUCCUUAACCAAGUUAGGGUUCAUAUUCACGCCGAAUCGAUCAGAUAUGGGAGGAGGCAAUGCACAAAAGUCGAAGAUGGCGCGUGAAAAAAAUCUCGAGAAGGCUAAAGCCGCUGCAAAAGGAAGCCAGCUAGAAUCAAACAAGAAAGCUAUGUCGAUUCAGUGCAAGGUUUGCAUGCAGACAUUUAUUUGCACGACGUCUGAGGUGAAGUGCCGGGAGCAUGCCGAAGCAAAGCAUCCAAAAUCCGACGUGUAUGCAUGUUUCCCUCAUCUGAAGAAGUGAGGUAGCUGGAUCAAAUAUAAUGUGCCUACUUUUAUGUAGACUUUUAAUUUGGAUAUUAGUAGUGUAAAAGCCUCCAUCAUGAUUUAUAGAUGCUAGGGACGAUUAGUUCAUUCCUGCAUGAAGCGUUGUUUAUUUAGCUUUGUUUCUGGAAAACUGCCUCGUUGUUUUCUCCCAUAAAAUACUAUACAUUUGCAUGCCA